UGUUUACACUGCUCGUCUGAGGCGCAACACUUCCUGAUGUGCGCGCGCCGGGAACACAACUUUCCCGGCCAAGUCAUCGUGAGCGCGCCUCGAUGAGGGGCGGGGCACAGCCUGGUCUGUCCUGAGCGGGACGUGCAGAGUCCCGGAUAUUUACCUAGCGACUUCACCUGGAUCCUUCGUCGAACCUAGUCCCGAGGGCUUCACAGCGGGGCCUUCUGUAUGUACGACCCGUCUACGAAGCGGGACGACUAAGGUUAGACGGUUUAUUCUAACACUUCCAGUCUGCUCCCAUGUUUGGGGAUGUGUGUGAUUGCAGCGCAGUUUAACAGGGGUGUUGCUCUAGAGCUGUCUACAGGUUCCUUGUUCGAGUUGUGGAUCAAAGUACAGUACAACGAGGUCACAGGAGAAGUAUCGUGUAAGAAGUCCCCCUUGUCCAGUGACAAGCUCAGGGCAAGGUGUGUUCGUCUUUAAAGACUGCUGUGGUUACGGACAUGCCAAAGCCAGACCUGCUUUGCUUGGUUCAGCUGCUGGACGGCAACAUUGAAACCUUCAAAGUCAAUAAGCAAGAUGAAGGUGUGGUUCUUUUGGACCAAGUGUGUGACCACCUGCGCCUGCAGGAGAGGCAGCUCUUCAGUCUCCAGAUCAGAGAGUCCAGCUCUGCAGUCAUCUCCAUCACAGCCAACACACACUCUCCUAGAUGGUUGGAGCCCUAUAAACCUUUGAAGAAGCAGAUAAAAGGCCUUGUGUCGCCCUUCUAUCUAAACUUUAGAGUACGCUUCUUUAUUUCUGAUCCCAACUCUCUGCAACAUGAACAAACGAGGCACUUGUACUUCCUCCAGAUCAGAAGUGAUAUCAGAGAAGGGAGGUUACAGUGCCCGCUGAGUGCAGCUGUGGUGUUGGCCUCUUACGCUGUCCAGUCUGAGAAGGGGGACAACAAUGCUAACCUUCCACCUGGCUACCUAGCCAAGUGCCACUUCAUGCCUGAACAAGAUGAGGACUUUGUAUCGAAAGUGGAAGAGCUGCAUCCCCAGCACAAGGGUUUAAAGCAGAGUGAGGCGGAGCUGUGUUUUCUUAACACCGCCCGAACACUGGAGUUGUACGGCGUUGAGCUGCAUGCUGCCAUGCAGGACACCAACAAUGCCUCCCUGAUGGUGGGCUUGGCCUCGAGUGGUGUUGCAGUAUUCUGCAACAUGAUUUGUUCCAGUUUCUUUCCCUGGGGCAACAUCAUCAAGAUUUCUUUUAAGAGAAAACGCUUUCUUGUGCAUUUGAAGCGUAAACAUGGUGAGACUCGGGACUGUGUAGUGUCUCUCACUCUUUCAUGCCCAAAAACAUGUAAGAACUUAUGGAGGUCAUGUGUGGACCAUCACACAUUUUUCAGCUCCAACAGAACAACCAGGAGCCUGAAUCAGAAUAGCAGCACUGUUCAAGCUUACAGAAAAUUAAUAACACAGCACCUGGGAAUCAGCAACACUCACCCUGACAGUGGUCCUGUGUGCCACCGUGUUGUUGGAGGAAUGGUGUGGAACCCUGCUGUGAAGCGAUCAUUAUCAUCUGAAUGUCUUGAGACAAAAAGUCUUCCAUCCAGAUCACCACCAACUACACCCAACUGGCGAAGUCCUAGAAUUCGGCAUGGCAUCCGGAGAAAUCGUCCCUCUUCCAUGGAGCUGUCCAACGAUCUGAAAGACAUGUCUGAAGGGGAAGACGUUUUCUACACAUACAGGGCGUCGGUCAGUAGCAGCAAGGACGGUGAUGAAAACACCUCACCAAAUCAGAUUGAUGACGCUUCACUGACUGAAGACAGUUUUGGAGAUGAAGAUCAAUUUAGCAGCCUCGAGUACAAGAAGACGGGGACACUGAAUGAUGGAGAUCUGCUUCUCAUACGCCUAGCUCCGGAUCAGGAUGGAAAGUUUGGCUUCAAUGUCAAAGGUGGGGUGGAUCAGAGGAUGCCUCUAGCCAUAUCCCAUGUUAAACCUGAUUCUCCGGCAGGUCGAUGUGAGCCAAAACUCUUGGAGGGAGACUUGGUGGUGCUCAUUAACGGCCGAGACAUUUCAGAGCACACACAUGACCAGGUUGUCAUGUUCAUUCGAGCGAGCAGAGAAUCUCACUCCAGAGAGUUGGCACUACUCAUUAAACGUAAAGGUCCAGGUCGUCCUGCCGUCCUGCUGCAGCUUCCUCCGGCCCUGACUCUCAACACCCAAUUACAAGGGGACAAGCCACAUUCCCCCAGCCAGUCUGAGCAGGUCAUCACACUUGAGGAGUCAAUGAAACAGCUGGAUAGAGGAAUACAGUCUGGAACGCACUGUUUUCAUUUUGAGAAUUUGUACCGACGGAAGCCUGGCAUGUCACUGAAUUGUGCUCGCCUCCCUGAAAACAUGGACAAGAAUCGGUAUAAAGAUGUUUUGCCAUAUGAUGCCACCAGGGUCACGCUGCAGGGCCAGGAUGAUUACAUAAAUGCCAGUCACAUCACUGUGUCACCCCCAGAAUCUGGUCUUCGUUUACGGUAUGUUGCAGCCCAGGGUCCACUGCCGCAGACCUGCUCUCACUUUUGGCAGACCGUCUGGGAACAGCAUUGUCACACUGUCAUCAUGCUGACAACUCUGACGGAGAGAGGGCGGACUAAGUGCCACCAGUACUGGCCUCAUCCCCCGGAAACAAAGGAUUAUGGCCACAUGCAGGUGAAGUGCCAUUCAGAAGAGUGUAACCUGGCGUAUGUGACAAGACGGUUCACGCUGAUCCACACACAGCGGGGUGAGGAAAGAGCUGUCACACAUCUGCAGUACGUGGCAUGGCCUGACCAUGGAGUACCUGAUGACCCUUCAGACUUCCUACUGUUCAUCAACUCGGUCCGGGCGAGAAGGAAGGAUGAUGAGCCACUAAUGGUUCACUGCAGCGCUGGAAUCGGACGGACAGGUGUUUUGAUAACCAUGGAAGCAGCCCUGGCACUUGUGGAUCAGGGUCAGCCAGUGUUCCCACUAGACAUUGUGAAGACCUUGAGGGAUCAGCGAGCCAUGAUGGUACAGACCACGUCCCAGUUCCAGUUCAUUUGUGAGGCUAUUCUUCGAGUGUACAAAGAAAAACAAGGCUCCAGAGCACCAUUGUCCAAACCAGGGACAAUCAUACCAGAGCUGCCUCAUCUCAAGUGAUUAUCCAGCGUGCUGUGUCAUAUCGUCCGGAUCAGAACACAGACUGGACAAUGAGACGCAUCAGUCCACCACUGUUGGUGACAAUCUUAUACCUAGUCUGCCUUAGAUCAAUUCUCAAGGAGCCAACAAGAUUCUUGGAGUGAGCUGAUUAUAGCUGUCCACGAAGCCUCUCAGGAUCGUGCCACAACUUGUUUGACGGCUAGAUUCUCUUGGACUACCAGGAUCCAUAUGUUCUGAGAAAAAAAAAAAACUUGUUCAUGUACGUUAACUUGCUACCAGUAUACUUUUCCUCGUAAAUUAUUAAGACACUAAAUAAACACCUGAUUUAUA